UAAAUUAUUUUACAAUGUCAGAUACAAGAUCUGCCACUUUUUGAAAAGUAUAUUUUGUUUUUGGUUUUAGUUUAUCCGGUCCGUGAAAUUCUUCAAAUACAUCGUCCAUAAUGCUUGCCACUUUGAUGAAUUCUUCAGAGGAAUACAUCAAACCCCCUCUCGAUAACAUUAUAUAUUUUGAUUGACUUAUAUAGAUUGAUAAAUUUAUUUUCACAAUUAAAGUAUUAAUAUUAACAAACGAGCAAACGCUAUUAUUUUAAAAAACAAUCCGUAUAGCAAAUAAAUAAUUAAAUCUAACCUUACUUUUUGGUGAAACAAGAUUUGUUUUAAGGCGAUUCUACAAUUGCGUAAACGUAGUUGUAAACAUAAGGUUGUAAGAAAUCAACUAAUCAUAGUCGAUCAUUUUUCGAUCACAAAAGAAAUCAUUAUUUGUGAUUGAUUAGUUUUUUACAAUUUUACGUUUACAACUACGUGACAUUGUGUUGCAUUGUGUUAGUGAAAAAAAGAUGGCCGAAACUGUGUGUGGAUCCCCCACCCAUGGACCAUUCGGUAUUCAGUGGUAUUCGGUAAUUCGGUUCAGUCAGCUGCAAGAUGAUGGCGGAUGAGAGGUUGUUUUUCUCAAAUGCCGUUCAACAAUUGGCGAGAUGUUUGGCUGCCAUCAAGCCCACACCGUGGGAAAAGGUCGCCAAACUAUACAAGUUAUGUCCACAAGAUUCCGCUCAGGGUGUAUACCGUUUAGAUCAGAGGGGUCAGGAUGCGACCAUUGCAUUAGGAAUUUAUUUUUUGGAGUCGGGUUUGCAGCAUCGGGAUAAAAUAUUGCCCUAUUUAUUGAGAUUGUUGCGUGGUCUUCCAAAAGCGGUAUGGCGAGACGAGAUAAAGUGUUCGCUUACCGAACGGGUGCCGGUCGCGGAGCGUUUCAGCUUCUGUCUGAACACAUUGCUAAGCGACGUGGCGGCCAGGUGCGAACCAGCACGAGAGGAAAUUAUCUCGACCCAGGUUGAGAUACUCGCCGUCCUCACCAAUCUGAUACGUGGGUACAAAGAUCAGAAUAGCAAUAGAGGCUUGCAAGCAAAGAUAUCGCUAUGCAAAUGUCUGGUUCCGGUGUUGAUUGGUCUGGCAAGGUCGAUGGGUCGCUUUGCGUGUACGGAUCCACCGUUGCUCUGCCGCAUUUUCCCACGACGGGAGACACCCUCGCCGGCGAGCAGCGCGGAAAAUCGCCUGAUGCCCGACAAGAAGCAGCACAGCUUCUCAAAUUUCAGGCCCAUUAUACCGCGAUCUCUGAGCGGCAACUUCAAUUCCUGCCUCGACAACGCGUUUCCAGGUUACGAGAGUCACGAUUAUAACUGCGGCAAGAGGCCGUCGCUGCAGUCUUUCUUAUCGGUGCCGUAUGACCCGACGACGUAUUUCUUUAGCCGAUACGGAUCAAGUUUCAAUCAGUUCCCGCAGAUGCGCUGUAAUGAGAGUCCUGAGAGAAGGGCCGGGAUGCAGUUUACCGUUGUGCAUUUACAGAGCGUGCUGGCUUUGGCCAAAAAGUUACUUACCAAGGAAAUUCUGACGUUUCUAGAUGAAGAGGCGCAGCAAGUAUAUAGUUCGGGCCAGGUACAUAUUUAUCCAUAUCGCACGUUUAGCGAGACCAUGAAUCUGGUGAUGGUAGCUCUGUUGCGCGAGCUGCUGCAAAAUCAGCGUGACCUACCGGCCCCGUUUACGAGGGACGUGCAGGAGUUCGUGAAGGGCCUGUUUCUCUCGGGUCAGACGGAACUGCAGUCGCGGCAACACGACGCGAGCGAGCGCGAGGACAUUGACACGAAUUUUCGCACGGUAAAUCGCUUCAAAGUGAACGUGAUGGCCAACUCUGCUUGCGUGGAUCUUUUGGUCUGGGCAAUUGGCGACGAGACAGGUGCGGACAGUUUGUGCGGACGACUUGUGGAAAAGAUUAAUUCUAAUCACGGACCCAAACUCGUGCUGGCACAUAUGCCAUUGCUGAUGGUUUGUCUCGAGGGAUUGGGAAAAUUAGCGCAGAAAUUUCCCAAUAUAGCCAGCACGUCCAUAUAUUACUUGCGGGAUUUUCUCAUUGCGCCGUCGCCAAUUCUUUUGAAGUUAUAUCGACAGCACAGUGAAUAUUCCACAAAGGAACAUCAGUUUAAAGUGCUAGUUCAAGGGAAAGAGAUAAGCGACACGAAACAGACGACGUCCUCGGUGCAUACGGCAUUUGAGAAACUUCGUGACGCGGCUAUUGGCAAUCUUUGCAUCGCUCUGGAAGCCGCGCAUUCCGUGAAUCCGGAUUGUGUCCCGGCGCUCGUAGCUAGCGUCUCAAACAGAUUAUACACCGCAGACAUAUCUGACGGGUAUUUUUUGUCGAAAAAUGAAAGUGAUGAGAAGUUGAAGAACGAAGUGGUGUCGAAAAAUAUCGUGAUUAUGUUGGGUCACGUCGCCGUGGCAUUGAAGGACACCCCGAAGACGAUGCGCACGAUCUUUCCAUUCUUCCAGCAGCUCUUCUGCCGUACUCCAAGCGACCUCGAUUUUCUCAUAGUAGAUCAGUUGGGCUGCAUGAUCAUUGCCAAGUGCGAACCAAAGAUUUACGAAGGGAUAAUGCAAAUGUUUUCCAUGUCGUUGGGAUCGAGUACGGCAACGUACGCUGCGAACGAUGAUCGCAAACAGUAUUGUCAUGUUUCCAAAGCAGUUACCAACGCUUUGGCUAACAUAGCGGCAAAUUUGCAGGGCGAGUCGGAAUUAGACGACUUGUUGUUGCAUCUUUUAGAACUAUUUGUGCAGUUGGGCCUUGAGGGUAAACGCGCCAGCGAGAAGAUGCCGAAUAGUAUCGCUGCGACAAAAGCAGCUAGUAGCGCCGGAAAUCUUGGAGUGCUUAUUCCCGUGAUCGCGAUAUUAGUGCGACGUCUACCGCCAAUUAGACACCCGCAGAAACGACUUUUGAAACUGUUCAAAGAUUUUUGGUUGUAUUGUGUUGUAAUGGGCUUCGCCGCGGAUCAUCCCUCAAGAUUGUGGCCGCCCGAGUGGUACGAAGGUGUCAAAGAGAUCGCCGUCAAGUCACCUUAUCUCAUUUCUCAGACUAGCGCCCGUCUUGAGAUGCGAGAAUUGCAGUAUACAUCGGCUGUGCGCAACGACAGUGUCUCAUUAAACGAAUUGCAAGACCUGCGAAGUCAAGUACUGAAAAUAAGUACCCGUACAAACGACAUAUCAGCAUACGUGACCAAACUACAAUUUGCGCAAUGCACAUAUUUGCUCUCCGUCUAUUGGUCAGAGACCUUACGGGUGGCUAACAGUCCUCAACCCAGUCUACAACCAAUAAUGGAGUACCUGUGUGAUACAGAUUUGCAAAAGGACAAAAGUGGCAUGUGGCAAUGUAUAUGCUGUGUAGCAGACUCUGUGUUUACAAAAUUCAAAGACGUAAUGCAGCGCAAACCGAAGGACGAGCAACGCGAAAAGGAACUCGAGAGUCACGCGCAAUUUCUGCUGGUACAUUUUAAUCACGUGCACAAGCAGAUCAGGCGGGUGGCGGACAAAUACCUUAGUGCUUUAGUUGACGCCUUUCCGCAUCUGUUGUGGAACUGCAAAGUACUUUGGAGUAUGUUGGAUAUAUUGCAGAUUUUAUCGUAUUCGUUACAAUUGGAUCCAAAUGAAGAAACUCCUAGCUUAAGAAUACCUGGCACGCCAUAUAGCAUCGAGUUGAUGAAUAAUCUUGAAGCGAGAGAGAUUAUUGUGAAAGAUUUUACCGCAAGAUGCAAAGGUAUUGUGCAGGAAGCCAUGAAGUGGGCACCACAAGCUACAAGAUCACAUUUACAAGAAUACAUCAAUCAAAUACCAUCUUCUAGCAUGCGAUAUCAUUCUGGUUUAUCACUGGCUAUUGACUCGGUCCUCGAAUUUGUGGACACCGCGAUUCCGACAGCAGCUCCAGCAAAUAUAACGAAUUCAUUGGAUAAAAGGCCACGUGCCCCAAAGGGCGCGAGUUCGUGGCUGCUGUCGAUGAUGUCUACGAGAUCGUGGCAUGCCGGCGAAGUAGCGGGUAUGCUCGCCCUCGCGCGCACCGAAUCGCCAACCGCGGAGAUGACUUUGGAAGAGUGCAGAGAUAAAGUUGUCGAGAGAUUGAUCGAAGCCGUUCGCCGCGCUUGUCAAGAUCGCGACGAUACCGCCUAUCGUGGAGCUCUUUGGCGUGCUACUGCCCUUUUAAUAUCCAUGCCUGGUAUACAUAGACGAUUAUUACACACGGUUGCGUGCUCGCAGAUAGAACUGUUCACUACUGCAGCUAUGACCACGGCUGUCGAGUGCUGGCAAUGGAUUUUAACCGUACGACCGGAUUUGAAGUUGCGAUUCUUGCAAGAAAUGUUACUUGCGUGGCAGUACACCGUCGACAAAAGAAUGGGAUUGUUCGCGCCAAACGAAAAGGAAGUUAGUCCGCUCGCGGCCUACGAAGGCUGCAAACUCGAGCCUAAUCCACCGUACGUGAAGCCACACGAUAUCUGGGUGACCUUUAUAGUAGAGCUCGUUGAGACGGCCAAAUACUGUUGCCAAGAGACGGUCGAUAUGAUCGCCUUACUUCUGCACCGUUCCUUACCCAUGACCGUCGGUGCAUCUGGUGAAGAACCGGGCAUCACUCGACAUGUCGCUGCGGUCGGCGUACGUUUUAAGCUUCUCUCAUGUGGCUUAGUUUUGCUGCAAGGUGACGUUUUACCAAGAACUUUAAGUAAAAAUGUCUUGCGAGAACGUGUUUAUUCUAAUUGUCUGGAUUACUUCUGUCGAGAACGUCAGUUGCCGACUCAAGAGAUCGAUCAGCUCAGCGAUGACAUAGUUACACUGAUACGCUUUUGGCAAGUGAUGCAUAGUGACAAAAAGUACUUAAUGAUGACAGGCGCCGAUAACGAAUUUGAAAUAGUAACGUCUCAAACUUAUACAACCGCGAUUGUACCAAGCGAAACGAUUGGUUCAUUAGCUGCAACGUUAGCUCCUACUCCAAAUGAGUUCUCGAAAUCGUCUAGCAACGUGUGGAUGAGUACCAUGCCUAUGUCGACCAGUACCAAUACCUUGAGCAAACGUAGCAAUCGCAGCAAACGAAUCGUAAAUGCCAACGUUCUCGUGAAAGAUUAUAUUAAGAAGAGAAAUUUGAUUCUCGAAUUGUUAGCGGUUGAAAUCGAAAUGUUACUGGUUUGGCGUAAUCCCAGCGGAAGACCGGAACUCGCAUUGCAAGGAGAGGGUAGUAUCGCGGACUGGCGUGCAAAGGGAAUGAACGAUCGCUGGCGAGAGUACACGCGACUUGCGUGGGAAAUUAGUCCCGUUUUGGCCAUUUUUUUGCCAGUGCGAUUAAAAAAUCACGAGGUCAUUAUUAAAGAGAUUUGUGGUCUAGUGCGACUUAAGCCCGUGCCGGUUAUGCAUUUACCAGAGGCAUUACAGUAUCUCGUUACGACGGACACGCUUCUUAACGAUGUGCCUGAAUUAGUUUAUAUGUUAACAUGGGCAAGAGUAUCUCCGAUUCAAGCAUUGGCAUUCUUCUCUCGACAAUUCCCACAUCACCCUACCUCUGCACAAUACGCGGUGCAAGCGUUGGACAGCUAUCCCGCUGAUGCUGUGCUUUUCUAUAUACCUCAACUAGUACAAGCUGUCCGUCAUGACUCGAUGGGUUAUGUAAUCGAAUUUAUUAAGAAGAUUGCUAAACGAUCACAGGUAGUGGCGCAUCAGUUGAUAUGGAAUAUGCACACUAAUGUGUACAUGGACGAGGAUAAGCAGGUGAAAGAUCCAGUACUAUACGAUAUUCUGGAUUCGUUGACGAAGAAUAUUCUAAAUGCCCUGUCUGGCCCAGCGAAACAAUUCUAUGAAAGAGAAUUUGACUUUUUCGAAAAGAUCACCAAUAUUUCAGGUGAAAUUCGACCAUAUCCCAAAGGACCAGAACGCAAAGCCGCCUGUUUAGAUGCUUUAGCAAAAGUCAAAGUACAACCCGGUUGCUAUUUACCGUCAAAUCCCGAAGCAAUGGUCAUCGAUAUAGAUUACCAAAGUGGUACUCCCAUGCAAAGCGCUGCCAAAGCACCAUUCUUAGCGCGGUUCAAAGUACAGAAAUAUGGCAUCAAUGAACUCGAGAAUAUCGCGCUAGCAGUGUCGACUAAUGGGAAAGUUGAGAGUAAGAAAGAAACGGAGGAACAGACAUGGCAGGCAGCUAUUUUCAAAGUCGGCGACGACGUCAGACAAGAUAUGCUGGCCUUGCAAGUGAUCAGUAUCUUCAAAAACGUAUUCCAGAAAGUUGGAUUGAAUCUCUUCCUGUUUCCCUACAGAGUGGUGGCCACAGCUCCCGGGUGCGGCGUGAUAGAAUGUGUCCCGCAUGCAACAUCAAGAGAUCAACUUGGACGUACAACAGAUAUUGACAUGUAUCAAUACUUCAUCACUCAACAUGGCGAUGAGACGACCAAGGAGUUUCAGAAUGUUCGUCGUAACUUCGUCAAGUCGAUGGCGGCGUAUAGCGUGAUCACCUACCUCUUGCAGAUAAAAGAUCGUCACAACGGCAAUAUCAUGAUAGAUACCCAAGGCCACAUCAUACACAUUGAUUUCGGCUUCAUGUUUGAGAGUUCGCCUGGUGGUAAUCUGGGUUUUGAGCCUGACAUUAAACUCACCGAUGAGAUGGUCCUUGUGAUGGGUGGCAAAAUGGAAGCUGCGCCAUUCCGCUGGUUUAUGGAACUGUGCGUGCAGGCUUUUCUCGCAGUCAGACCCUAUCAGGAAGCCAUUAUCUCUCUCGUCUCCCUCAUGCUUGAUACGGGAUUACCAUGCUUCCGCGGGCAGACUAUUAAGCUCCUUCGUAGCCGGUUUGUGCCGACCGCGACCGAUCGCGACGCAGCGAUCUUCAUGAUCAAUGUAAUACGUAACAGCUACCUCAACUUCCGUACUAAAACUUAUGAUAUGAUACAGUAUUAUCAGAAUCAAAUCCCCUAUUGAACUAUAUCGUCGGAAAACUUUCUUCCCUCCUUCCCUUUUUUCUUCCCCGUCCGCGUAAGUGUUAAUCGGCGACGCCACUUUGUGCUCGCCAUGACUGUUGUUAUCGAAUUAGAAUCAGGCACUUGAUGUACUGCAGUUGUUAGAUAUCGCGCAGUAUAACUACUGACUGUGAAAUUGUACAAAUGGAUCGAUGUCAAUAUUAUUUUAGUUUCACGUAUAUAUUUUACAAAGAUGUUUAACCUUGUAUGUAUGUAAUAAUGUAUCAUAUUUAUCUACGAGAGAUCACUUAUAUCAUAUAUAUAUAUAUAUAUGCGUGUGUGUGUAUAUAUGUGUAUAUGCAACACAUCUGUAUACGAGUACAUUCCUGUUUAUUAUUAAUUUAUGCGGUUUUAAUGUGUAAAAAUUAAAUUAUUUUAAUUGAAAUAUAUUAUAAUUAAAUUUUAAGUUCAAAUUAAAUUAUUUUAACUAUGA